CGCCAUCACUUUGAAAACAUUUCUCAUUUUUCAGUAAUUUCUAAGCACACCCUCAGUAACUGCCAAGAUAUCACAACACAUCCACAUCGUGAACUCAGUGUUUCACCCGGGCAAAUAAUGUCAAAAGUAAUGACAGUACAGCCAAAAAUUUUAUUCACUGUCUAAACUACGUGGAUUUAAAAAUAUUCUAUUCUAUUUGCUAUGGAGUGAAGCUCACCUUCUCCUUAAAAUAACAUGCUUAGUGUCUGGGAAGGGCUUUAGACAUCAGAUAGAGAAUGCAUGAGGGAAAACGACCCAACUUUCUGAACAUCCAUAGUCUACGGAAAGUUGGCUCAUCCCUAACCCUGAAAUAAAGCUACUGCAGCCACGAGGAAAUCAAAUGGCACGCUAUCUGCCGUCUGCACUUGGCCCGCACCCGCGUCCUGAAGACGGGAGCGCAAGAAUUCUCCCUUUCUCCACGACCUGCAAGCUAAGGCUAGCACAUGCCGGCACCCUACGAAGAGCCACGCGAUCUCCUGUCUGGGAUGCAGAGACUCGGUUUCACAGCCGACUCCACACGAGCCCCGAGACUCUCCAAGCUCCUUCACGGCCCGCCGCGCCCCCUACAUUCGCACAUGCGUACACCCAAUAAAGAGAGCCGAGAGCGCUCCCCUUCGCGUGGUCGCCACGCCCAGCUGCCACGCAGCCGGUCCUCCUGCCCUUCUCUGGGCGGCUGACUUCACUAUCCAGUAACGCGCAUGUGCAAAACUGCGGGCCUUGUAAUUCUUUAGUGGGCAGGGGUGGGGCGGUCGGUGGGACCAAGUUUCUUGCGCACGCUCCGGACAUGCGCAGUGCGGGAGCUGAGGCGCCAGCUGUCGAUUUGGAAGUUCCGGGGAAGUCGCGCAUGCGCGAGUGUACGCGUUGCCGGCGAAGAGGGGAGCCUGACGACUCGGAAAUUUGAAUACCACAGUAGCAUGGAGUGUGACCUCAUGGAGACUGACAUCUUGGAGUCGUUGGAAGAUCUAGGUUACAAGGGCCCAUUGUUGGAAGAUGGAGCGCUCUCUCAGGCAGUCUCUGCUGGAGCCAGUUCCCCCGAGUUUACCAAACUCUGUGCUUGGCUGGUGUCUGAAUUAAGAGUGCUCUGUAAACUAGAGGAAAACGUGCAAGCAACUAACAGUCCGAGUGAAGCUGAAGAAUUCCAGCUUGAGGUGAGUGGGCUACUAGGGGAGAUGAACUGCCCGUAUCUUUCACUGACAUCUGGAGAUGUGACCAAGCGCCUUCUCAUUCAGAAGAACUGCCUCCUCUUGCUCACAUACCUCAUCUCAGAACUAGAAGCUGCCAGAAUGCUCUGUGUGAAUGCUCCUCCAAAAAAAGCUCAAGAAGGAGGCGGUAGUGAGGUCUUUCAAGAGUUGAAAGGCAUAUGUAUUGCUCUAGGAAUGUCCAAACCUCCAGCCAAUAUAACUAUGUUCCAAUUCUUCAGCGGGAUUGAAAAAAAAUUAAAGGAAACAUUAGCAAAAGUUCCACCUAAUCAUGUGGGAAAGCCUUUACUGAAGAAGCCAAUGGGACCAGCCCACUGGGAAAAGAUAGAAGCAAUUAACCAAGCCAUAGCCAAUGAAUAUGAAGUCCGGAGAAAGCUGCUAAUAAAACGUUUGGAUGUCACUGUACAAUCCUUUGGCUGGUCUGACAGAGCUAAGAGCCAGACAGAAAAAUUAGCCAAGGUUUACCAGCCAAAACGUUCAGUCUUAUCCCCUAAAAGUACUAUUUCUGUUGCCCAUCUUUUGGCUGCAAGGCAGGACUUGUCAAAGAUUUUAAGGACAAGCAGCGGCUCUAUAAGAGAAAAGACUGCCUGUGCCAUCAAUAAGGUGUUGAUGGGCAGGGUGCCUGACAGAGGUGGUAGACCCAAUGAAAUCGAACCUCCACCCCCAGAGAUGCCACCGUGGCAGAAGAGGCAAGAUGGCCCCCAGCAGCAAACAGGAGGCCGAGGAGGAGGGAGAGGUGGCUAUGAACAUUCCUCAUACGGAGGACGAGGAGGUCAUGAACAAGGAGGCGGGAGAGGUGGACGUGGUGGCUAUGACCAUGGUGGCCGAGGGGGAGGAAGAGGAAAUAAGCAUCAAGGAGGCUGGACAGAUGGAGGGAGUGGUGGAGGAGGUGGCUUCCAAGAUGGUGGUUAUCGAGAUUCAGGUUUCCAGCCAGGUGGCUAUCAUGGUGGCCACAGCAGUGGUGGCUAUCAAGGCGGAGGUUAUGGUGGCUUCCAAACAUCUUCUUCAUAUACAGGAAGUGGAUACCAGGGUGGUGGCUACCAGCAGGACAAUAGAUACCAAGAUGGCGGGCACCAUGGUGAUCGUGGUGGUGGUCGUGGAGGGCGAGGUGGUCGUGGAGGCCGAGGUGGUCGUGCAGGCCAGGGAGGAGGCUGGGGAGGAAGAGGGAGCCAGAAUUAUCACCAAGGGGGUCAAUUUGAACAGCAUUUCCAGCAUGGAGGUUAUCAGUAUAAUCAUUCUGGAUUUGGACAGGGAAGACAUUAUACUAGUUGAGGCUACCGAACCUUACAUUUUGCUAGAGCUCAAGUAAUAGAAACUUAGUUUCAGAAUCCUGAAUUCAGCACCUAUUUUGAAUUAAUGUGAGACCACAGGUGGCAGGCAGAUUCCUGCUUGGCAUAUGCAUUUGUAGGUCUUCAUUCAAUUCUGUUAGAUUUUUUUAUUGGACUUACAUAAUGCCGUUUAUUUGAGAAACACAUAACAUCUCUCCUUUCUAUGAAAAAUUUUUUAAAAGGUGAUUAAAAUUGCCUUUAAUUGACCAGUAGACUAAUUCCACAGUCAGAACAUGCAUACUUUUUUGAAGAAAUUACUUGAAUAAGUAGUUUUCAUGUUUUCAAUAUGCAGUUUUGAAAAUGAGGAUUCACCUAGACUUUUUUAGAUUUACUACUAGGAAACCUUCCUCAUAUGAAUAACCAUUUAUAUGUGUUUUGCUUAAAGUAUUCCAAUGCCUAUUUUCCAAGCACAGUUCUGCCCCUGGUUGACUUUUAUGCCACGUGUGCUUCAUGAUGGAACUUUUAGGUCAGUUCCUAUUAAAUGAGCUCUUCUGCAGAUAGCACAUUCAGUAGCCUUAUUUUGUUGAUGGAAUACUGUAUCAUAUGCUCAACUCUGAAAACCGUGAACACGGCCAAAAUCCAUAAAGAUUAUAAAAGCAAACUAAGUUGUGAACCUAUAGUACAUGUAGGCAUUUAGUUAAGUAUAGCAAUUCAAACUGACCUGCAUCCAUCCAAAACAAAUUCCUCCUUCAACCUUAUUUUUACUUGAAAUUUGCUAGAAGAAAUAGCAAACCGAAAUUUGUUUUAUGCAUGAGUUAAUACCACUGGCUCAGCAAAUACAAGUUAGUUUGCUUUAAGCAGGUAACUUUUUUUGUAAUGGAAGAAAUGCACUACAAAGUUAAGACAGAUUUUUGCUAAGUGCAGGAGGCCCUUUAUUAUUGCUGCAGAAAACAAAAGCCUGGCUGAGUUGAUGUUUUACAUUCUCCCUUACUGAAAUCUACAUGACAUGAUGCUUCUUGCUGGGUUUUUGUACAUGUAAACAUUGUCAAGCUGUGAAAGAAAAUGGCUGGAGGUGUGCUUUGUGUGAAAGGUGAGCAAUAAAGUAUCUGUUAAGUUC